AUGCUAGCUCAAACUUCACCAGCGAUCAUCAAAGUCGAUUCCAGCUAUAUCUUUCUCACACUUGGCUCUUUCUUCGUUCUGUAUUGCGUGGCAUACAUCUCAUACUAUCGCUACAUUCAUCCGCUCUCGCGAUACCCUGGUCCCUUCGUUGCAUCUUUCACCAACUUUUGGAAAGUGUAUCAAUUAUGGACAUCACACCUGCCUGACAAUUUGAUAAAGGUACACCAGAAAUACGGAAGCGUUGUGCGAGUUGGUCCAAAUGAUCUAUCUUUCAAUUCUGCAGAAGCUGUUACUCAAAUAUACAAGGCUGGGCGGGAUAUGCCGAAGACGGGGUUCUACGAGGGCUUUACCACGUUCAAUCCGAAUCUUUUUGGAACAAGAGAUGAAGAUAUACACGCGAUACGCCGUCGGCAAUUAGCCCAUGGGUUCUCAAUGCAGUCGGUCAAAGACAUGGAAGAAUAUAUCGACAGACAUAUCGAAAAGCUGUUGGAAGUUCUCGAGGGCCAGGCAAAGACUGGCGAAGCAUUUGAUCUUAAAGAAUUCUUCGCCUUUUACAUGCUCGAUGUUCUCGGCGACCUUGCUUUCAGCCAAAGCUUCAAUGCACAAGUGGACCAAAAACCUGAAAAGCUGCCGCCUAUCAACGACCAUGUCUUCCUGGCGUGCCUGAUGGGAAUGAUGCCCGAGAUGUUGCCGUAUCUGAGAGCUGCGGCAGCAUGGACCCCUCUUCCGUGGUUAAGGAGGCUGUUCAGAGCUCGCGCACAAUUGAAAAGUCUUACUGCGCAGUGCGUAAGACGACGGCUCGAUGAGAAGGUCAACGGGCGGAAGGACCUACUCACGUCGCUGAUCAAUGCGGUGGAUCCUGUAACAGGUGCAAAACUCACGGAGAUUGACAUAAACACCGAGGCUUUUGCUAUGAUCGUCGCUGGUGCUCACACGACUGCCGGAACAUUGACGCUAUUAUUCGCGCGUUUACUUCAAAAUUCUGAGAUUUUGGAUAACGUUGUUGCUGAGAUCGAUUCGAACAUCGUUGCUGUUCCUGGACAAGCAAUUGGUAUCUCCGGUCUUGAGCAGCGGAUCCCAUAUUCCACGGCCUGCAUCAACGAAAGUUUUCGAAUCAAUUCUGUCUUCACUAUGACUCUGCCUCGAAGUGUGACCUCACCUACGGGAGCCGAAAUAGAUGGGCAUUGGGUACCAAAAGAUACCGCCGUCUUCAGCUUGAAUCACGUUGUGCAUCAUAAUCCAGCUUUAUGGGGUGCAGACACGUUCAAAUUCGAUCCCAGUCGCUUCCUUGGUCCGGAAAAAGAAGAUUCCAAAAGGAGGUUGGGGCCUUUUGGCGUUGGACAUCGCAUGUGUAUUGGUCGCAACAUGGCUAUGACAAGCAUACUUAAGGUGCUUACAACAUUACUCAAAAACUAUCAAUUGGAAAUGGUGGACCCCAAGCAGAAGAUUGUGACGGCGAAUGUGGGAAUUUCGGAAAUGGAAGGACCAUUGAUGUGCCUUGCGAACAAGAGACACUAG